UUAUGAAAUUUUGUCUUAAAAAAAAAAAAACCAAAUAACUAUAAAGAGCAAGAGCUGUUACACUCAUACACACACGGCCUAUUCAAAAUACAUUGAUGAGAUUGGAAGUCUGGCGCCAUUGAUCACCGGCCGUCACCGCUUCCUAUAAGAAGUAAUCGUACAUGCAUGAAUAUUCUGAAAUAAGAAGGUUAAUUAAACACAGGACGAAGGAAGAAAUGGCUAUAGAUUCAACUUCUUGGUUAACUCCUAAAAGGUUGCUUGUGUUUUUCUGUGCGAUCAACAUGCUAGAUUAUAUAGAUCGAGGAGCCAUUUCCACUAAUGGUGUAAAUGGGAAUCCUAGAACUUGCUCAGAGAGUAAUGUGUGUUCAGAUGGUAGUGGAAUUCAGGGUGAUUUCGAUCUAAGCAAUUUUAAAGAUGGUAUUCUAUCUUCUGCUUUCAUGGUUGGACUUCUUAUUGCAUCUCCAAUAUUUGCAUCCUUGGCCAAGACCGUUAAUCCUUUUAGACUUAUUGGAGUUGGAUUGUCGGUGUGGACACUUGCUGUAGUUGGUUGUGGGCUUUCGGUUGAUUUUUGGUCAAUCACUAUCUGUAGAAUGUUAGUUGGUGUUGGUGAAGCUUCUUAUAUAAGUCUUGCAGCUCCAUUUAUUGAUGAAAAUGCUCCAGUAGCUCAGAGAACCGCAUGGUUGGGAAUAUUCUUUAUGUGCAAACCUAUUGGAGUUUCUGUUGGUUAUUUCUAUGGUGGAUUGGUUGGAGCUAAUUUAGGUUGGCGUUAUGCAUUUUUUGGUGAAGCAAUUUUAAUGCUUCCAUUUGCUAUUUUGGGUUUUGUAAUGAAACCUUUGCAAAUGAAAGGCAUGUUAAAUGCUAAAGUCAUCCCAGGGUCCUUAAAUGAAGAGUUCUCAAAGAAAGAUUCUUCCAGCUAUGUUUCAUCUACUUUAAAUAAAUUAUCAAGAUUUGGGCAAGAUAUGAAGGCUCUUUUGAGUGAGAAAGUAUAUGUUGUAAAUGUCCUAGGUUACAUAGCGUAUAAUUUCGUCAUUGGUGCAUCUGCAUACUGGGGCCCAAAAGCUGUUUAUGGCAUAUAUCAAUCGGACAAUGUUGAUUUAUUAUUUGGAGUCAUCACAAUUGUUGGUGGAAUUGUGGGGACAAUAGGAGGAAGUAUUCUUCUCGAUCGCAUGAAUUCCACAAUCCCCAAUGCUUUGACGUUACUUUCCAUAGCAACAUUUUUUGGAGCAGUAUUUUGCUUUAGUGCCUUUUGUUUCAGCAGCCUAUACGUUUUCUUGGUUCUCUUUUUAAUUGGGGAGAUUUUUGUUUUUGCCAACCAGGGUCCUGUGAAUUUUGUAAGUCUCCAUACUGUUAAACCAAGUUUACGACCAUUAUCAAUGGCAAUCUCUACUGUCUCAAUUCACAUCUUUGGUGACGUGCCCUCCCCACCACUUGUUGGAAUCCUACAGGACAAAGUUGAUAACUGGAGGACAUCUUCUUUGAUCUUAUCUUCAGUAUUGUUUUUGGCAGCCGGAAUAUGGUUUAUAGGUAUCUUUCUUCCUAGUGUGGAUAGAUAUGAAGAAGACAGUGAGCAUUUGGGGACACGUGUUGAGCAGCUAGAUGUAACACCUUUGCUUGAAUCUAAGGUGGCUAAUGGAGAUACUAUUUCUGCUUUGCUAUAAACGAAAAUGUUUAUGGAGUUGACAUGUGGCAUACUCAUAUUGUAAUUUACCACUUUGUGCAUUACAAAAUAUUAUGUAAUUUUUUUC